UACAUCCAGUGAGUCAUGGUGAUAUAAAGCCAUUCCCACUGCCAUCAGCGGUUUUCAACAUCUUCAAGCAUGGCUCGGCCAGGACUUGUGGGCUUGCUUUUCCUAAGCGCAGUGAUAUUAGAGCAGGCUUUGGGGCAAAUUUCAAGCUCUAAACCUGGAAGGUCAAAUGGACCCCGACUAAGAGAUGCAGGAGGUGAUGAUUUAAAGUCACAGAUCAACAAGCUGUGGCAUGAAGUGAACUCCCUGAAAGAAAUGCAAGCACUACAGACAGUUUGCCUGCGUGGCACGAAGGUCAACAGAAAAUGCUACCUGGCCAUUGAUGAACCAAAACACUACCAUGAAGCCAACGAAGACUGUAUCGCUCAAGGAGGAACCUUAGUUAUCCCUCGAAACACUGACGAAAACAACAGCCUCCGUGAGUAUGCAAAGAAAAACUCUCCCGGAGCCAAGGAGUUCUGGAUUGGAGUGACAGACAUGGUCAAGGAAGGACGGUACGUCGAUGUCAAUGGAAUGGCCAUUAGCUACUUCAACUGGGAUCGUUCAAAGAACCAACCUACUGGAGGGAAACGAGAAAGCUGUGUGAUGCUUUCACUGUCCUCACAAGGAAAAUGGCACGAUGAUGUUUGCCGCAAUGUGAAAAAAUACCUUUGUGAAUAUCUAAUUCCUUAAUAUAAGCAUUUCCGCACUUAAUAUUAACUUAAAAAUGCAUCUUUUGUGUCUCAAUGCCGGUCAUCGUCUCUAUUAAAAAGCUUCAAACAUCUUUUUGUUUACAUUUUUACAUUUUGUUGGUACCAGUAACGCUUCAAUUGAAUGGGAUGUGCUAUUUAUUAAUUACUGAGCAAUUGUUAGAAAACAACAGUGUAGUUACAGUAUCAUUCUACUGUAAUAAUCUACUGUAAUGUCAAAUAGUAACUACUUAGUAAUUACUGCCUUUUAUAAUUCACUAUAUUUUGUGUUUAUAUAAUCAAGUUAAUCUUUUAAAAAUGUUAUUGCACUCACAAAUUGUGUAGUAAUUACAUGUUCAAUACUGCUAUUGUAGAUAGCAAGAUACUAACCCUAUUACUUCGUAAUUGUUAUGUAACGUGUAUCUACCAACUAAAAAAUGUGUCCCUUUGUUUACUCUUAACAAUGAAUGCUGAUAAACAUUAAAUACUUUAA